AUGGCAGAUGCAGGAAAUUGGUGGGCGUAUGAGCAACUUCAACAGCAACCACAAUGGGGUGGCUCUGUUACAGGUCGCGCUUACAAAAACCGACAACGUGAGCUAGCUAAUCAAAGGUUGUUGAACGACUACUUCGUGGAAAAUCCAGUGUACAAAGAGGUGGAGUUCAGACGACGCUAUAAGAUGCGGCGCGAAGUUUUUCUCCGCAUGUUAAACAAUGUUCAGACAGCCAAUCCCUACUUUAGGCAGUCAUAUGAUAACUCCGGCCGACCCAGCUUCUCGCCCCAUCAAAAGUUAACAUGUGCACUACGUAUGCUUGUCAAUGCAUGCUCGGCAGAUUCCUUGGAUGAAACCUUUAGGAUGCCCGAGUCGACUGCGAUCGAGAACCUGGGACAAUUUUGUCGUAUCAUUGUCACAAUCUACCAGGGGCGUUACCUCCGAGCACCAAAUGCAAAUGAUUUGGAUAGGCUCCUACAACGAGCUGAGAGACGAGGAUUUCCAGGGAUGAACAGGUCAUUAGACUGCAUGCAUUGA